AUGACGGCCGUUGCACCCUUCACAAUGGAAAUUGCAUCCUGUGACACCACACGCCGCAGUCGGUGCGCACAGUCUCCGUCUCACUUCCCGCCUUUCCCUCUCCCUGAGAGCUCAUUGAUGGCCGUGGCACACCCACCAACAUGUCAGAAAGCACUUGUUUUUCUUCCCUCGCAUUUCGCACAGCAGCACCGCCAACCUCAUUUUAUCUCCCUUUAUUUUACAUACCCUCUUCCGUCAACUCUUCCGAUACUGCCGUCCGCCCACCUCCGUUCAUGUCGUCUCCCCUUCGGGUGCUCGCACCACCCUCACGGUCCUCUUGAUUGUUAUCGUCUGGCUGCAUUACGCUUCCAUCAGCACCAUUGGGAAUGA